UUGGGCCUAAAGCUGGACUGUUUUGGCCUUAAUUCGGUCGUGCAUGAACUCUUAUAAACUUGUGCGUGUUAGAGUCUACGCAAAGAUUAUCACUAGCUUUUGAACACUUUUAGAUAAAAAUUAAAAAUAUCUUCCGCAAAUAAAAACGCAGACGGCCAAACACAUCAUGGAAAACGGGGGAUGCCAUAGAAGGCUCAACAAGUAUACCUGUGCCACUGUGUUAGCAGCUUCUAUUGUCUCUGCUAUGUUUGGUUAUGUCACAGGAGUGAUGAGUGGAGCAUUGAUAUUCAUACAGGAAGAUCUCCAAAUCAAUGACCUACAAAUACAACUCUUAGUAGGCGCGUCACAUUUGUGUGCCCUACCAGGUAGCUUGGUUGCAGGAAGAACAUCUGAUUACAUAGGUCGCUGCUACACCAUCACUCUCGCUUCCAUCGCCUUCUUAUUGGGCUCAAUUCUAAUGGGCUACGGCCCAUCCUAUCCAAUCUUAAUGAUUGGAAACUGCAUUGUUGGAGUUGGUGUGAGUUUUGCAAUGGUAGUAGCACCACUCUACAGUACAGAGAUUUCACCUCCUUCUUCCAGAGGCUUUUUCACCUCUCUCCCAACACUUUCCGUCAACACAGGAUUCUUGCUUGGCUACAUGUCAAACUAUUUCUUCGAAAAAUUGCCUCAUAAACUUGGAUGGCGGAUGAUGGUGGCUGUUCCUGCAAUCCCUUCACUUUGCCUAAUCAUUCUCAUGCUGAAAUUGGUAGAGUCUCCAAGGUGGUUAGUCAUGCAAGGACGUGUAGGUGAUGCUUUGAAAGUGCUUUUACUAAUCUCUACUACAAAGGAAGAAGCUGAACAAAGGUUGAGGCAAAUAAAAUGUGUUGUUGGAAUUGAUGAAAACUGCACCCUAGACAUUGCUCAGGUUCCACAGAAAACCAGUAGCGGUAAAGGAGCUUUGAAGGAGUUGUUUUGUAAAUCUUCACCUCCUGUGCGUAGGAUAUUUAUUACAGCUGUUGGACUUCAUUUGUUCCUGCGGAUUGGUGGAAGUGCUGCUAUUUUGUUAUAUAGUCCAAGGGUGUUUGAGAGAACAGGAAUCACUGACAAGAGCACGCUCAUGCUAGCCACUGUUGGCAUAGGAAUCAGCAAAGUUGUGUUUGCAUUCAUAUCAAUAUUCUUGUCUGAUAGAUUUGGAAGGAGGAUUCUCUUGCUGGUUAGUGCAGUAGGUGUGACUGUGACCAUGUUGGGGUUAGGUAUUUGCUUGACCAUAGUGGAGAAAUCCAUAGAAAAGCUACUUUGGGCGUCAUGCCUUACCGUUAUUCUUACCUACAUCUUUGUGGCUUCUAUGUCUAUUGGAAUAGGACCCGUGACAUGGGUUUAUAGCUCUGAGAUAUUUCCCCUUAGGUUCAGAGCUCAAGGCCUCAGUGUCUGUGUGAUUGUGAACAGAAUGAUGACCGUGGCAGUGGUUACAAGUUUCAUUUCGACUUAUAAAGCGAUAACGAUGGGUGGGAUUUUCUUCAUGUUUGCUGCUAUCAAUGCUGUGGCUUUGGUGUUCUAUUACUUUUUGCCUGAAACUAAAGGGAUAUCAUUAGAAGAUAUGGAGACUAUCUUUGAAAGAAAUUCUAAUUAAGAGAUACAGAUGAAGCCUGCUGCAUGUGUGCAUGCAACGAUCUCUAGCUUUUAUGGCUAACUAUAUAUAUUAAUUAUAAAUGAAAAACAUAUAUGGAGCAUUCGUUCAAUAAACAAUGGUUAUUGUUAAUUAA